UGUGGCUUGGAGAGCUUGGAUUCUGUCUUCAGCCAGCACCUCAUUCCCUCGAAGCACCAUGCCUUACAGCUGCUGCCUGCCCAGCCUGAGCUGCCGCUCCAGCUACUCCUCCCGGCCCUGCCUGCCCUCCAGCUGCCACGGCGCCACCCUGCCCGGGGCCUGCAACAUCCCCGCCAUUGUGGGCAACUACAGCGGGUUCUGCGAGGGCUCCUUCAACGGCAACGAGAAGGAGACCAUGCAGUUCCUGAACGACCGUCUGGCCAGCUACCUGGAGAAGGUGCGGCAGCUGGAGCGGGACAACGCGGAGCUGGAGAACCGCAUCCGGGAGCGGAGCCAGCAGCAGGAGCCCCUCCUGUGCGCCAACUACCAGUCCUACUUCCGGACCAUCGAGGAGCUCCAGCAGAAGAUCCUGUGCAGCAAGUCUGAGAACUCCAGGCUGGUGGUGCAGAUUGACAAUGCCAAGCUGGCCUCAGAUGACUUCAGAACCAAGUAUGAGACAGAGGUGUCCUUGCGGCAGCUGGUGGAGGCAGACCUGAACAGCCUGCGCAGGAUCCUGGAUGAGCUGACCCUGUGCAAGUCUGACCUGGAGGCCCAGGUGGAGUCCCUGAAGGAGGAGCUGAUCUGCCUCAAGCAGAACCAUGAGCAGGAAGUCAACACCCUGCGGAGCCAGCUUGGAGACCACUUCAACGUGGAGGUGGAUGCCGCCCCCACCGUGGACCUGAACCAAGUGCUCAACGAGACCAGGGCUCAGUACGAGGCCCUGGUGGAGACCAACCGCAGGGACGUGGAGGAAUGGUUCGCCAGGCAGACCGAGGAGCUGAACAAGCAGGUGGUGUCCAGCUCGGAGCAGCUGCAGUCCUACCAGGCGGAGAUCAUCGAGCUGAGACGCACGGUCAAUGCCCUGGAGGUGGAGCUGCAGGCCCAGCACAACCUGAGAGACUCCCUGGAGAACACCCUGACGGAGACGGAGGCGCGCUACAGCUCCCAGCUGGCCCAGGUGCAGUACCUGAUCGGCAACGUGGAGUCCCAGCUGGCGGAGAUCCGGGCUGACCUGGAGCGGCAGAACCAGGAGUACCAGGUGCUGCUGGACGUGCGGGCCCGGCUGGAGUGUGAGAUCAACACGUACCGGGGGCUGCUGGAGAGCGAGGACUGCAAGCUCCCCUGUAACCCAUGUGCCACAACCAAUGCAUGUGAAAAGACCAUUGGGCCCUGCGUCUCCAAUCCUUGUGUCUCACGUGCUUGGUGUGGGCCUUGUAACACCUUUGUGUGCUAGAGACCCCAGUGCCAGCGGGAGGACAAGGACUCCAAAGUCACAUCUCAGCUCUACUUCAUCCAAAUGUCCCCAGAAAGGACCAUGCUUCAACCAGCACAAGCUCCACUGAAUUCCCCAGCUUGGUCUUCAGCACAAGAGGCUGCAGUCUGUCUUCUGAGUCACAUAGAGAAAUCUACAACAAGAUCAAGUAAUAUCUUUUAUCACAAUGACACAUUUGCGUAAUGUGUUGUGCUCUAACAAAUACUUGUCUAAAUGUGAUUUUAAGUAAUUACAUUAAGUGUAAUAGAGCUGGUUAGGCAAGCUAUGAAAUUGAACAUAAUUGGAAGGAAUCUCCUUGUCACUCUUUUGGUCUUUGGAGAUGCAAUAAAGAUCCCUUGUUAACCUGUUAAUGGACUCUUAUUCUGGCACAGAAA